UUAAAUUGCGUAAGUUGUCCUGCAUUAAAUCAUCCAAUAAAAUGAUUUACUUUAAAAAAAAAAUUUCUUGUAACUAAAAAAUUUUUGUGUUAUUUUUUUUUAAUAGUUGUUUUGAUAGAAAAGUCAGAAACAAAUACUUUAAAAAUAUUGAACGACAUUUUACCAGAUAUAGAAAAAAAUUCCGGACCAGACAAAAUUAAUUUUGAUAUGAUAGCUAUUCGAGUUGAUCGAGAAAAUAGUAAAGAAAGUUUUCAGAAAGUGUGCAGCGUUGUCUUUAAUGGAGUGACUAUUAUCUUGGAUACAACAUACACAGGCUGGGACAAAAUUCGUAGCUAUGCUUUACAAAAUGGAAUAAUUUACGUAAGAUCAUCAGGAAGUAUAAUUCCAUAUGUCAAUGCAGUUGACGAUCUUCUUCUUAAAAAAAAUGCAACUGAUGUAGCUCUUAUUUUCGGUAAUGAAGAAGAAUUAAAUCACUCAUUGUAUUAUUUGAUUGGUAAUUCCAUAAUUCGUCUAGUUGUUAUUGACGAACUUUCUGAUUUGACUAUUACAAAAAUACGUACAAUGAGACCUUCACCAUCCUAUUACGUUAUUUACGCAUCAACAGAUAAAAUGGAAAUCCUCUUCAGAACGGCUAUUCAUGGAGGACUGGUGAAGCGCGAUGCAAUCUGGAAUCUUGUUUUCACAGACAUGGAUUAUAAAAAGUUCUCUUUGAUUGCUGGUAAAAAUGAUCUGAAUGUUACUGUUGGAAUUUUAUCAAUGAGUUCAGAAUAUUGUUGUCGUUUAGUUACGGAAACUUAUUGCACAUGUCCUUCGGAUAUUCAAAUUGGAGCAAAGUAUUUACAAAAACUGAUGUUUUUAUUAAUGUCAACGGUAAUUCAAAUUCAAGAAUCAGGUAUUAACUUGGAACCAAUAAAAGCAAAUUGUCAAAAAAAUGGAGUUCUUGCUUCUGCUGAUAACAAUAUUACCGUCAAUGCAUUUAUAAGUGCACUUCGUGAUAAAAUUGAAGAUUAUAAUGGAAUAUUUUUAUACCGUGAAGAUCAAUAUUUAAUAAGUUAUCGUGCAAUUAUUGACAUUGAGCUGCUUGAUGGAAAGAAUUUAGAACCACUUGCUAAUUGGACAAAGAGAAAUGGUAUUGUUGAAGCAGCUGGUAAAGAAAUAAAACCGUCGAAACGAUACUUUCGUGUUGGAACAGCAGAGGCUCUGCCAUGGUCGACAAUAAAAAAAAACCCUGAAACUGGUGAACCUAUGAAAGAUUCAGAAGGAAACAUAAUUUGGGAGGGUUAUUGUAUAGAUUUUAUUGAAACUUUGUCAAUUAAAAUGAAUUUCGAUUAUGACCUGAUAAUUCCAGCUGAUAAAACAUUUGGUGAAAAAUUAUCGAAUGGUAAAUGGACAGGUCUUAUCGGUGAUUUAGCGAGAGGGGAAACAGAUAUUGCAAUUGGUGCGUUGACAAUGACAUCAGAACGUGAAGAAGUCAUCGAUUUUGUUGCUCCAUAUUUCGAACAAUCAGGAAUUCUCAUUGUCAUGAGAAAACCAGUCAGAAAAACAUCAUUAUUCAAAUUUAUGACUGUACUCAGAGUCGAAGUUUGGCUUAGUAUUGUUGGUGCACUCACGCUAACUGCAAUAAUGAUAUGGCUUUUAGAUAAAUAUUCACCCUACAGUGCAAAAAAUAAUAAAAAAAAUUAUCCAUAUCCUUGCAGAGAGUUCACGUUGAAGGAAAGUUUUUGGUUCGCUUUAACAUCAUUCACUCCUCAAGGUGGUGGUGAAGCACCAAAGGCACUAUCGAGUCGAACAUUAGUCGCAGCUUAUUGGCUUUUUGUUGUGUUGAUGUUGGCAACUUUCACAGCGAACCUUGCUGCAUUUUUGACUGUUGAAAGACUUCAGGCACAAGUUCAAUCGCUAGAACAACUGGCUCGUCAGUCAAGAAUAAACUACACGGUUGUCGCUAAAUCACCAACUCAUCAGUACUUUAUCAACAUGAAAAACGCUGAGGAAAAAUUAUACAAUGUGUGGAAAGAAAUAACACUGAACAGCACAAGUGACCAAGUUGAAUAUCGAGUGUGGGAUUACCCAAUAAAAGAACAAUAUGGUCAUAUACUGCAAUCUAUAACUGCAGUGGGUCCAGUAAGAAACGUUGCAGAGGGUUUUCAAAAAGUCAUUGCAAGUGAGGAAGCUGAAUUUGCAUUUAUCCAUGAUUCAUCGGAAAUUAAGUAUGAAGUGUCAAGAAAUUGCAACCUGACUGAAAUUGGUGAAACAUUUGCUGAACAACCUUAUGCAGUUGCAGUUCAGCAAGGGAGCCAUUUGCAAGAAGAAAUAAGCAGAAAUAUUUUAGAAUUACAAAGAAAUAGAUACUUUGAAAGUCUCACCGCAAAGUAUUGGAAUUCAUCGUUGAAAGGCAAAUGCGCAGUUGCCGAUGAAAAUGAAGGAAUAACUUUAGAGAGUUUGGGUGGAGUAUUCAUUGCAACAUUAUUUGGUUUGGCCCUAGCAAUGAUAACUCUAGCAGGUGAAGUCAUAUACUAUCGUCGCAAAAAUACAGUCAGUGGUAAGGAACAAAAACAGGAAAGUGGAGGCCGUCUACGUUCUGGUAAUAGUAAAUUCAUACAGAGGAUCACCCAAAAAGGAGGAAAAAUACAAAUAAAAUCAUCACCUGCCAUUUCCUUAGGCCUUUCACGUCGCCGAGGUUCUAAAACACGUAUAUCACAUAUUUCAGUACACCCAAAAAAUUUUCCUUUUAACGAUUGAUAGAAAUUCUUUGUACUGAAUAUUUUUAAAUUUAUUCUAUAAAAUGUUUUCAAUUUAGAAAGAAAUUACGUGCUCUUUUAAAUAAUGCAAAUAUAUUUUUCCAUUAAUUCAGUUUUUGCGGUACAUGACAUAUUUUUCGAAAAAGCUUCAGGAUUUGUAAUACAUUACAUUGUUAAAAAAUUAGCUCUUAAUCACACUGAAUUGACAGCUAAUAAAUAUAAAAAAAUUUCACAAUAAAAUUAAAAGAGUAAAAACUUUAUGAAUUAUGAUGA